AUGGGGUUUGGUGUUUUAUGGAUGGAGGUGUUGGUUUUUACUAGUAAGAUUUUGGUGUUAGUAAAUGGCAAUCCAACUAAGGAGUUUGUGGUAGAUAGGGGUUUGCGUCAGGGGGAUUCCCUUUCCUCGUUUCUCUUUGUUUUGGUCACGGAGGGGCUAACGGGUUUGGUGAGAAAGGCAGUUGAGAAUGGAGAAUAUAUAGGUGUGGAUAUUAAAGGUAAAUGUCAGAUUGGCAUUCUCCAAGUUGUGGAUGAUACGUUAAUGGUUGGGGAGGGAAGUUGGAAACAUGUUUCGUCUUUAAAAGCAAUUUUGAGGGCUUUCGAGAUAGUUUCAGGGCUUGGGAUCAAUUAUCACAAAAGUAAGAUUAUUGGUAUUAAUGUCAGCUGUAACUUCUUGGGGGCAGCUGCUUCUUUCCUUUCUUGUAAAAUGGAAGGAAAAGAGUUUGUUUUUCUCGGUAUUCUUAUAGGAUCCAACCCGAUGGGGAUUUCAACAUGGAAUACGCUUUUGCUCAAGAUGAAAAAGCAUUUUUCUAGUUGGAAAGUAAAGAUUGCCAAAGAGUUUGUUAAGCUUCAAGGAAAGUUCUUGUGGGGGGUGGAGGAGAAAAGAAGGAUUCAUUGGAUUAAAUGGAAAGAUAUUUGUCUCCCUAUUGAUAAGGGCAGUCUUGGCAUAAAAAAUAUCGACACAUUCAACUUGGCUCUACUUAACAAAUGGAGAUGGAGGAUUUUAGAGGGGUCGGAUUCUCUUUGGUACAAGAUAUUGCAAGCUCGUUACAGAGAUAUUUGUUUGCAAGCGAUGAAUAGCGGCAACAUUAUUAAGGCUCCGAUUUUUUCUUCUUCAUGGUGGACGAAUCUGACUUCGAUUAAAAAGAAAAGAAUUGAUGAUGUUUUUGUUAAAUGCUGCAGGUUUGAGAUAGGGAGAGGUUAUACAACUUCUUUUUGGCAUUCUAUUUGGAUUGAUGACAUCCCUUUGAAGUUUUGUUUUCUCGGUCUCUUCUCUUCGUGGUACAUCAGUUGCGGGGAUGGGGGUUGGUUGGAAGGGGUGUGGCAGUGGGGUUUCUUCGGGAUUCCUCAGACUGUUUCAGAGUUGUCGUAUGCGGCAGCGGACUUGCAGUAA